AUGUCUUGCACGCGUCUUCUAGUGAUCAACCCAAACUCUUCCAAAUCUGUGACAGAUGGGCUGGAGGAAGUACUUAGGCCUCCUCCUCAGACCGAGCUCGCGUUUUACACUGCUCCAAAGAAUGCACCUCCAUCGAUUAACGAUAUGAUCACUGCAAACUUAACUGCUACGGCGUGUUUCCUGGACAUACAGGAGAAGAAACUUAUCGAUCAGCAUGACGGAUUUCUGGUCUGCUGUUUCUCUGAUCAUCCGCUGACGCAUAUGCUUCGCGAAAUAACACCCAAACCCACCAUUGGGAUCUUUGAAGCGGCAAUUACCCAAGCCCUCCUCUUAGGCAAACGCUUCGGUAUUGUGACUACGGGAUCAGGAUACAGCGCUGACAUUCAUAAAGGCGUACAAGCGAUUAUGGGUGGUAACUCUCAGAGAUUCGCUGGAAUAGUAACGACUGGCCUUGGGGUUGUGGAGUUACGAGAGGGUGAUCGCCAGAAGAUCGAGAGGAAUAUGAAGGAAUAUAGCGGUAAGAUUGCUCAGAAAGGCGCAGACGUUAUCUUGCUCGGAUGUGCAGGAAUGACCGGUAUGGAAUCAUUAGUUGUGCAAGGUGCAGCUGAAGCACGACCUAUGGCCAGUCCUGUUCGUGUCGUAGAUGGAGCUAAAGCCGGUGUAGAGAUACUUGCAGGCCUAGUGCGAUUCUGUGCAUGCUGA